UCGCCCACGAACGGAGUUUCUGAUUGGUGCGGCUUGACCCUGCCUGUCAAUUGUCUGUCAGUCAAUUUCGUUUCGUUCGUGCGGGUAAGAAACAUGGCGAACUCUGUCAAAAGUGAUGUUGUUAGUUUUGAUUCCGCUCUCGAGGAAUCUCUCAAGCAUUUAUGUGAACUUGGAAUGUCUCGCAAAUUACGAACGGAGCAAAAAGACUCAAUUUCCACACUGCUAGCCGGAAAAGAUCUGUUGGCAGUGCUUCCCACUGGCUUUGGGAAAAGCUUAAUAUUUCAGAUGUUGGUACUCGUCAAACAAAUAAUGACGGGGAAACCUUCGAGCGCGGUUGUCGUGUGUCCGCUUCAAAGUAUCGUCUACGAUCAAUUAGCAGAAGCCUCGUCAAUGGGAUUGACAGCAGCUGCGCUCACGGAUUGUUGUUUGGAAGAUAUAGAGUCCGGCAAAUAUCAACUCAUAUUUGCUUCUGCAGAAGAGGUUUUGUCCAAGCCAUUUCUUUCCUCACUGAAAAAAACAGCCUCACUGUUCCAUCAGAAUAUGUGUGCAAUAAUCGUGGACAAGUCGCAUACUGUGGACACUUGGACCGGUCAAAGGUUUGUUUCCGUUUAAAUUAUUAUUGUUAUACCGAACUAUUGCUUACCUGUAUUUAUUUCCUUUACUGGUACGAAAAGGCUUGCUGAUCUUCAUGGAUACUCGUAGACUUAUUGUACUCUCAUAAUUAUCUCAAUUUUAGAUCUUCGAAGAGGGGGAAGAAAAUUGCUUUCCGUGAAUCUUUUGGGCAACUUGGCCAGCUGCGUUCA